CUCUGAUGGACUGAAGAGCCCAAACUGUCAGCUGACUAAACUAAGGCUCAAGAGUCAGAUGUGUUUUAUAUGUUGAUUUGAUACGCAUAAGAUUGGAAUCCUGUUUUCUCACUGGUCAUUCCUGUGAAAUUUUGGUAUCAGUUCUACAGUCAUUAAACUCCCGUCUAAUAGAGCUGGACAUGAGUGACAAUGAGCUGCGUGAUUCAGGAGUGAAGCUGGACUGAAGAGCCAAAACUGUCAUCUGGAGAUACUAAGGUUAUCGGCCUGUAAAUUCACUAGUCAGUGCUGUGAAUAUGUGGCAUCAGCUCUACAAUCAUCAAGUUCCCGACUGAGAAAACUGGACAUGAGUCUCAAUGACCUGCAGGACUCAGGAAUGAAGCUGCUCUCUGAAGGACUGAUGAGCCCAAACUGUCAGCUGGAGAUACUUGGAUUGUUUAACUGUAAGCUCACUGGUCAGAGCUGUGAAAUUGUGUCAUCAGUUCUACAAUUAUCAAACUCCCAUCUGAUAGAGCUGGACAUGGGUUACAAUGAGCUGCAGGACUCAGGAGUGAAGCUGUUAUCUGAUGGACUAAAGAGCCCAAACUGUCAACUGGAGAAACUAAGAUUGAUGGACUGUAAACUCACUGGUCAGAGUUGUGAAUUUGUGGCAUCAGUUCUACAGUCAUCAAGCUCCCGUCUGCUAGAGCUUGACAUGAGUCACAAUAAGCUGCAAGACUCCGGGAUGAAGCUUCUCUCUGAUGGGCUGAAGAGCCCAAACUGUCAGCUGGAGAAAUUGAGAUUAAUGGUUUGUGAGGUGAGAGAUAAAGGCUGUCGUUAUCUGGCUUCAGCUCUGCGUUCAAACCCCUCACACCUGAGAGAGCUGGAUCUCCUCUUCAAUCACCCAGGACAAUCAGGGCUCAAGAUGCUCCAUGAACUACUGAAUGAUCCAAACUGCACACUGAAUAAACUCAAGUGUAUUUACAACAACUGACCUCACUGGGUACAAACGCAGCAAAAACUCGUCUCAUUCUGUCUGAGGAGAACAUCAUAGGUCAAACAUGUGAAAGGGCAUCAGUUGUAUCCUCAUCAUCCUGAAAGAUUUGAUGAAAAUACUCAAAUUCUGUGGAUACUAAAUGGAGUCACAGGUGGGCUGAACCAUCAUUUGCAUGAAAAAGAAAGUAAUGAGUAGACAUUGUUAAUUCAGAUUUAACAAAUUCCUGGAGUCUGGACUGCUCUGAUUACAGUUUCACUGUCAGUCGCAAUAAUCUGAGAACUGUCUUAUCUGCUCUUCAUCAACACUCUGACAGAGUAGGAAUGUUUCUAGGCUGGCUGAAUGGUACUUUGUCCUUCUACAGUGUUUCUGACACACACAUUCAACACCACAUUCACUGAACCCGUCUACACUGGCUUUGGGGUUUCUCAUCUUUCCCCAUACAAAUACACAUAUUUGAUGCUGCAGGUGUAUUUGUUUGAAACAUGAAUCAUGGAUUCAUGGAUUUAAACCUCCUCUCAUGAGAUUCCUGCAGCUGUCUCUGAAGUUUGAGUUGAUAUGUUCACUUCUGAGUGAUCAGGAAAGAGAGUAAACCUGUUUUCACUAUUCGUUAAGUGCUUUUAAACACAUCUCAGGUAAAAUAAUUCAUGAAUUGAAUAAUUUCUGAGGUUAGUUAUAUGAAAGCACUUUACAGGAACCUAAGAAGUGCUUGUGCUGAUAACCAUUAAAUCAUCCAUUAGCCAGAUACAGAGAAUAUCAUCUGUGUGUGUGUGUGCAUGUGUGUGUUCAACCAUUCUAAAUCUAAAGCACAUUUAUUCAAGCACAUAAUGUUAAUUUCUAUACC